AUGAUCUUCUCCCCCCUUCUUUCUUUGACAGUGUUGCUGUCUGGCCUGGCGGCCACCACUUCCGCUGCAGCACAUCAUCGUCCGACCGUCUACAUCAUCCGCCAUGCUGAAAAACCAGCUGACCCGAACGAACACGGCCUGACCAAGGAUGGUUUCAGGCGAGCAGAGUGUCUGCGAUCGACAUUUGGUGCACAGUCGCAUUAUGAUAUCGGUUUGAUUGUCGCUCCUACUGUUUUGGAAAAUGGAGACCAUCGACGCUCGUGGGAGACUGUUCUUCCUCUCGCCCGAGACCUCGGUCUCCCCGUGAACACUGCUUGCGAACGAAACAAUAUCAAAUGUAUAAAGAAGUUGGUGAAGCAUUACAAGGGACCUGGCAACAUCCUCAUUUCAUGGCGUCACGGCAAAAUGCAGAAGAUGGUGAGGAAGCUGGGCAAUCCGAACCCACCCGAAUACCCAGAAGAGCGCUAUGAUAUCAUCUGGACCGAUCCGUGGCCUUACACUAAUAUAACGGACAUUCGGAGCGAAAACUGCCCUGAACUCGACGUGCCAGGUGUUCUGCGCAUUCAAGAGUGA